AUGCACAUCAAAAAGAUAACCAUACAAGGCUUUAAAACUUACAAGAAUGCUACUGUCGUUGACGAUUUGAGCCCCAAUUGUAAUGUCGUUGUUGGUAGAAAUGGAUCAGGUAAAUCAAACUUUUUUGCUGCAAUCCGAUUUGUGCUUAGUGACGCGUACACACAUAUGACAAGAGAAGAAAGGCAAGCACUAAUACACGAUGGAUCAGGAACUGUUAUGUCCGCUUAUGUUGAAAUUGUCUUUGAUAAUACUGAUGGACGUUUCCCUAUUGCCAAAUCUGAGAUUUUAAUUAGAAGAACGAUUGGGAUGAAGAAGGAUGAUUAUUCAUUGGAUGGGAAAUCAGCUACAAGAUCAGAUAUAAUGAAUUUAUUGGAAAGUGCUGGAUUCUCAAGGUCAAAUCCGUAUUAUAUUGUACCACAAGGAAGGAUCACUAGUUUAACCAACUCAAAGGAUCAUGAAAGAUUGACAUUGUUGAAAGAGGUUAGUGGUGCUACAGUUUUCGAAAGCAAAUUGAAAGAGUCAGUGAAGGAGAUGAACCAGUCUACUUUGAAACGACAGAGAAUAGAUGAGGCAUUGGAUAGUAUAAACGAGAAAAUUAGUGAUUUACAGAUUGAGAGUGACGAUUUGAAGGAGUUUCAGUCAUUGGAGAAACAAAAGAAAGUGUUGGAGUACAAUAUAUUCGAUAGAGAGUUUAACGAAUUGAAUGAGUCAAUUAGUGAGUUAGAGGAAAGACAUCAACAAUUGAUGACUGGUUCUCAAAAGGAUUUGAAUGAAAUGGAACAAAGAGAAAAAUUGUGUCUGCAGUUGCAAACAUCAAUAAAUGAGUUGAAAGUAUCUUUGAGGGUCUUGUCUUUGGAGAAGGAGCAAACUGAUUUAGAUUGUAAUCAAAUGUUGAAGCAUAUUGCCGAAAAGGAGAUAAAAGUCAAUGAGUUGAAGGCCAAAUUGGACACAGUAGAUGACAAGUCUACUGACCUCGAUGAGCAAAUAGAAACCCACAAAUUGCAAAUCAAACAACAAUUAGAUUUGAUUGCCAAAGAUAAGCCUCAGUUGAUUGAGAUGCAAAAACGCGAGUCAGAGUUGAAACAACAAUUGUCUGAGCUACACUCAAAACAAAGAGCUCUUUACUCCAAACAAAAUAGAUUUCUGAAGUUCGAAAACAAGGAGAAGCGUGACUCAUGGUUGACUACUGAGAUUUCCAAGUUGAAAAAACAGGUUAAAGAGAAAGAGCAGGAUGUAAAACAAAUUUCAAAUGAGCUUAAAUCUAAAACAAGUGAUGGAGACAGUUGCUUAGAGAGGAUCCAUAAAUUGGAGUCGCUUUUGCAGGACGAGAACCACAGUGUUCAAAUCACAUCCUUAAAGAAUAGCAUUCAAUCACUAAAGUUGAAGAUAAAUCAAUGCGUUGACCAGAGAAAGAGUUUGUGGAGAGAUGAAAUCCGUUUAAAGAGUGUUUUUGACUCGGUGACUAAUGAUUUCAAUAAUGCUUCUGAUCUUGUUAAUCGAACCAUGGACCGUGCUCAAGCUCAAGGGAUCGCGGCUGUUAAAUGGAUUGCCAAAAAGUUGAAUCUUGAGAAAAAUGUUUAUGGAACUGUUGCAGAAUUGUUUCAUGUGAAUGACAAAUACAAAGUUGCCACUGAGGUCAUUGCAGGAACGUCGUUGUUUCAUGUUGUUGUUGACACUGAUGCCACUGCUGCAUUGCUUAUUGAAGAAUUGAUUAGAACCAAAGCUGGUAGGGUGACCUUUGUACCUUUGAAUCGAAUUGAGAAUACACUGGUGUCGGAAUACCCUGAUUCACAAGAGAAUCAAUGUUUGCCAUUGAUCUCCAAACUCAAGUACAAUAAUGAAACUGUUGGUAAAGCAAUAAACCAGAUCUUUGGAAAGGCAUUGGUGGUUAAUGAAUUACAACGAGGAGCAGAACUUUCUCGAAAGUUUAAAUUGACGUGUAUUACCUUGGAUGGUGAUAGAGUUGAUACCAAGGGAGUUUUGUCUGGUGGUUAUCGCGAUUAUAAAACAUCAAGGAUUGAUGCAAUGAAGUUGCAAACGAAAAAGAGAAAUGAGUUGACCAAGACCGAAGCCGAAAUGAAUAAGGUAAGUCAAGAGAUUUCCAAUAUCAAUCAAGAAAUGACCAACUUGAAUAACGAAUUGCAGUUGAACAUUCGCGAUUUGGAUAAAUUGGAAGGUGCUAAGGAGCCACUUGAGAUCGAAUUGUCACAGUUGAAGGCAAAGAAGUUUAACAUAGAUGAGGAAAUAUCAGUAUUGAAAUCAAAUUUGGAAUCAUUACAAUCGGCAAAGAAUAUUUUGAGUACUAAUUUGAAACAAUUUGAAAAAGAAUUGAAUUCUGAUUUUACUCAAUCAUUGAGCAAGGAGGAGGUUGGACAAUUAGAGCUAUAUAAUCUGAAGCUUGCCGAAAUUGAACGUGAAUUGGAUGAUGUUGUAACAUCAGCAUUGGAAUUGGAUACCAGAAUCAGUGGAUUGGAGAAUGAUGCUGAGAGUUUAAAAUUGAGCAUGAAUUUAUUAAUUCAAGAAAAGCAAUCCCUUGGAGAUAAAUUAUUCUUACAACAAGAAUACGACGGGCUUAACCAAGAAUUGGAAUCCUUGCAAAUGCAACUCGAUACUGCCCAAUCACGUAAUGACCAAGUUAGCGAAAAUUAUGAUCAAAUAAUAGAAGAGGUUAACGAGAAUGAAAAGAGUUUAGAAAGAGCCAAUGAACAACAAAUUGCCACAUUGAAAAACUUUGAAAAAUUCUCCAAAUCAGCUACAAAGUUGUUGAAUCAAAAACUGAUCAAAGAACAAACUAGAGAUGAAGUGAAUAAGAAAAUUAGAGAAUUGGGAAUGCUACCUGAAGAAGCAUUUCAACCAGAGAAGUUUGACAGAUUUAAUUCCAAUGAUUUAGUUACUCAAUUGAAUAAAGUGAAUGAUCAAUUGACAAAGUAUUCACAUAUUAAUAAAAAAGCCAUGGAACAAUAUAACCAAUUUACAAAGCAACGAGAUGAGCUAAAUUCAAGAAAGGAAGAAUUGGAUGAAUCAAAGAAAUCAAUUGAAGAAUUGAUUGCCAACUUACAACAACAAAAAAAGGAAGCUAUAAUGAAUAGUUUCAAACAAGUUGCUAAAGCAUUUCAUGAAAUCUUUGAGAAAUUGGUUCCCCAGGGGGUUGGAUAUUUGGAAUUACAGAAGAAAAGCCUUAGUGAUACACAGACUCAAACACAACACCAAAAUGAAGAUGGGGAGGAAGAAGGUGAAGAUGAUUCCAUAGAUAACUACACUGGUGUAUCCAUCUCAGUAUCAUUCAAUUCGAAAAACGAUGAGCAACAAAAAAUUGAGCAGUUGUCGGGUGGACAAAAAUCUCUAUGUGCAAUCGCCCUUAUUUUUGCCAUUCAACAUUGUGAUCCAGCUCCAUUUUACUUAUUUGAUGAAAUUGAUUCUAAUUUAGAUACGCAAUAUCGUACCUCGGUGGCAUCAUUAAUCAAAUCGCUUAGUGCUGAUGCUCAAUUUAUAUGUACUACGUUUCGAUCAGAAUUGUUGUCACUAGCAGGAAACAAGUUUUAUGGAGUUGUGUUUAAUAAUAAAGUUAGUAGUAUUGUGGGUAUUGACAAGGAAGAUGCUAUGAAUUUUGUUGAAGGGCAGGUGAAUAACUAA